AUGCCGAUCGGGAAGUUGGCUAAGUGGCAAAUGCUUUUGAGUGAGUUUGACAUUGUGUAUGUGACACAAAGGGCAAUAAAAGCACAGGCCUUGGCUGAUCAUCUUGCAGAGAAUCCAGUCGAUGAAGAGUAUGAACCGCUCAAAACUUAUUUUCCCGAUGAAGAGGUUGCAUUUGUGGGUGAAGAUAUUUCUGAAGCAUACCCUAGUUGGAGAGUGUUCUUUGAUGGAGCGGCAAAUCACCAAGGGAAAGGUAUCGGAGCGGUCUUAGUGUCAGAAUUUGGUCAACACUACCCUAUGGCGGCUAAACUUCGAUUUGAUUGCACGAACAACAUGGCUGAAUAUGAAGCUUGUAUCCUUGGUCUGAAAAUGGCCAUUGAUAUGAAUGUUCAUGAGUUGCUGGUCAUUGGAGAUUCAGAUUUGCUAAUUCACCAGGACCAAGGAGAAUGGGCCGUGAAGAACCCAAAGAUCACGCCGUAUGUGCAGUAUAUACAGAAGUUGUGCAAGAAAUUUCACAAGAUUGAAUUCAGGCACACUCCCAGGACACAGAAUGAGUUGGCCAAUGCUCUUGCCACCAUCGCAUCAAUGAUUAAACAUCCAGAUACAAGUUAUAUUGAUCCAGUGGAUAUAGAGAUAAAAGAGCAGCAUGUCUAUUGUUCACAUGUUAAAGCGGAACCAGAUGAUUUACCUUGUGAAGCUGCAAAGCUUCUGGAACAAAUACACGUCGGAGUUUGUGGUACUCACAUGAAUGGGCUCACUUUGGCUAAGAAGAUCCUUCGGGCCGGUUAUUUUUGGAUGACUAUGGAACAUGAUUGUUGCAAGUUUGUACAGAAAUGUCACAAAUGUCAAAUGCAUGGUGAUUUGAUUCGAGUCCCACCUCACGAAAUCAAUGCUAUGAGUUCACCUUGGCCAUUUCUAGCUUGGGGCAUGUAUGUCAUUGGUCCAAUAGAGCCAGUCGCCUCCAACAGACACAGAUUCAUUUUCGUUGCCAUUGACUACUUUACCAAGUGGGUGGAAGCAGCUUCGUACAAGUCAGUAACCAAGAAAGUUGUAGCUGACUUCGUUUGCAACAAUUUGAUAUGUAGGUUUGGUGUACCAGAAUCCAUCAUUACUGAUAAUAGAGCGAAUCUCAACAGUCACUUGAUGAGAGAGAUAUGUGAACAAUUCAAGAUUACUCACCGGAACUCAACCUCCUAUCGUCCCCAAAUGAAUGGAGCUGUAGAAGCCGCCAACAAGAACAUCAAGAAGAUUUUGAGGAAAAUAAUUAAUAAUCGUAGAGUAUAUGGAAGAGAAGCAGUUAUACCUGCCGAAGUUGAAAUACCUUCGUUGAAAUCAUCCAAGAAGCUGAAUUGA